AUGUGGCUAAUGAGGAUUGCAAGAACGCCAUGUGGCAACAAGUGGCAACUGUACUCCACCAGCGCGAAGACCAAAUGCCGAUUUCUAAAGCAAAAAGAGGGAACUUCUGACGAUAUUGUCACUCUGCACGCUGAUAAAGAACGUCCGACGGCUUUUGUGGAUAAGGCUGACCAUGAGGCAAAAGUGGACAACGUCUCGAUGGACGGUAACCUUGCGCGCUAUUGA